GCAGCUGUGGUUUCCGACGGGACUUGAAGGCAUCCUAACAGCGACACUGGGUCCAAACUGCAUCCAGUUAAAGUGAGUUGUGGACCAGUUCCGGAUGGUUUCCUAGCUGUGUGUGGACCCAGUGGAGCGUAGGCGGUUCGGUUCCGUGUUUGUGGGUCGCUCUGACGCCGAAGAGGCGGACCCAGGACCACCAUGUUGGAGAACGUCCCGGCAGUGUCCUCUGUGGAGCGCCAGCAGGUUCUGGAGGCUCUGGACCGCCUGCAGUCCAAACUGGUCCAGAAGGAGGAAUGGACCCACAGCGACACUCUGGGGAACCUGCGGCAGACGCUGCAGAGCCCGCUCUUCUGCCACGCCCUCACCCUGCAGUACUCCAUCAGGCAGCUCCAGAACCAGCUCAGCAGCACGCCUCCUGAUGCCCACACAGACUUCAGCUUCUCCAGACGCGGUCAGCUGAUCCUGAGCGGCGCCGACCCGUCCAGCUCCUCCGUCCUGACCAAUGGCGCGUCUCCGCUGGUCCCUGAGGCUCCGCCCCCCAGCGACCGCCUGCACAGGUGGAUCCUGGCGGCAGCAAAGGGCCGACCCACGGAGCGGAUCAGCCUGACCCGGCCCGGUUCUGGUGGGCUGGGCUUCAGCGUGGUCGGGCUGAACCCGGCAGGAAGCAGCAGCCACGGCGUCUUCGUCAAGAACAUCCAGCCCGGAGGAGUCGCUCACAGGGACGGGCGUCUGCAUGAGCGGGACCAGAUCCUGGUGAUCAACGGCAGCCCUCUAGAACCGGGCCUGAGCCACCAGCGGGCCCUCAGCCUCCUGCAGCAGCCCGGAGACACCGUGGAGCUGGUGGUGGCCCAGAACCGGCAGCCCGACCCGGGUCCAGUCAGCAGGCCGGCGGGUUCUGCGCUGCAGACCCAGUGGGGACAUGUGGAGGAGAUCCAGCUGUCCAACGACGGAUCCGGUCUGGGCUUUGGCAUCGUGGGCGGGAAGACGGCCGGCGUGGUCGUCCGAACGCUGAUCCCCAACAGCGUGGCGGACCGGGACGGCCGUCUCCGCACAGGUGACCACAUCCUACGCAUCGGGGCGACGCCCACCAGCGGCCUCACCAGCGACCAGGUCGUCAAGGUGCUGCAGGCCUGCGGCAGUCAUGUGACCAUGCUCAUCGCCAGGGACCCCCGAGGGCCGAGGUCGUUGGCCCCCGCCGCGCCGCCGCCCCCUGACUCCGCCCCCAUCGCUAAUUUACCUCCACCGCUUCCCGACGCCGCCGUGGUUGCCUCUCUGCCUCCGCCCCUACCUGAAUCCGCCCCCGUCACCUCCUUACCCCCCGGGUCUCCUGUCGCCCAGCGCCGGCUCAGCAAGACGCCCGACCUGGAGGGAUACGAGAUCCACGAGGUUCCUCUCAGCAGGAAGGACGGCCAGAGCCUGGGCAUCUCCAUCGUGGGCUUCAACCCGCUAACCAGCCAAGAUGCUGUUGGUGUGUUUGUCAAACACGUGGUUCCUGGCAGCGCCGCGGACCAGAGCGGGAACAUCCGGGUCCACGACCGACUCCUUGCUCUGGAUGACAUCAGUCUCCACGGCAUGACCAACCAUGAAGUUCUGGAGGUGAUGAAGCAGACGGGUCAGACGGUGGUUCUGACUCUGGUCCGGAAGAAAGCCAGAGGCCUGGAGAGAUCCCUGGAUAAAGUGGAGUCGUCCAGGAGGAGCUCCUCCCUGCUGAGGAACCAGGAACCGUGGUGUCAGAACGCAGAACCGCCAGAUGCAGCCUCUGAUGCAGACCUGCGGGCGAAGUGGGAGGCGGCUCUGGGACCUCAGUACCAGGUGUUGGUGGUGAACCUGGAUCCGGUCAUAGAGGACGAUGAAGAGCUGCAGAAGUCUUCCAAGCUGCUGCCCAUCCACAUCCUGCGUCUGGGCGUGGAGCUGGACUCGUUUGACGGCCAUCACUACGUCUCCUCUGUGGCCCCUGGGGGCCCCGUGGACAGACAUGGAGUUCUACGGCCUGAAGAUGAACUUCUGGAGGUGAACGGCGUUCAGCUCUACGGGAAGUCCAGGCGGGAAGCGGUGUCGUUCCUCAAAGAGGUUCCUCCUCCGUUCACUCUGGUCUGCUGCAGACACCUGAUCUCAGAGCUGGAACCAGAACCAGAACCAGAACCGUCGCCUCCGCCCAGCCUGGCAGCAGAACCCACUCGUGUCAGUGUGGACGAGAUGGAGAUGAAGCUGUCGUCCAUGCUCCUCAGAGAGGAGAGGCUCCAUCAGGAGGAGGAAGAGGAGGAGGAGGAGGAGGAGGAAGAGGACAGACCGCAGGGUUCUCCCGUAGAGGAGCAGCUGAGGAGCGAGGAGAGCGGCUCCAGCCAGGAGGAGGAGGAGGAGGAGGCUGAGGAAGAGGAGGAGGAGGAUGACGAUGGAGAGCUGGCUCUGUGGUCUCCUGAGGUCACCGUGGUGGAGCUGCAGAAGGAGAGAGACAGAGGCCUCGGCUUCAGCAUCCUGGAUUACCAGGACCCGUUGGACCCUGGGCGCUGCGUGAUGGUGAUCCGUUCUCUGGUUCCGGGAGGCUCGGCAGAGCGUCAUGGCGGCCUGCUUCCUGGAGACCAGCUGGUGUCGGUCAACCACACCCAGCUGGACCUGCUCACCCUCGCCGAGGCCGUGGAGGUCCUGAAGUCGGCACCGCCUGGUUCUGUCCGCCUGGGAAUCCGCAAACCGCUGGUGGAAGCGCCAGAGCCGAGCCCAGAGAAGAAAGUCCUGGCAUCUCCUGAACCUGCUGAGGAGGUCAGCGGCUCCCUGCAUCCAGAGCAUCUCUACCAGGAGGAGGAAGAGGAGGAGGAGGAGGAGCCGGAGCUGAUCCUGGACGGAGGUCUGCCUCGCUACACCUCCUCCCUGGCCCCGGACCUCCUGCUGGUACCGGAGGGCACGGAGAUGGCUGUGGAUGAAGAGGAGGAGGAGGAGGAGGAGGACAGGAUGAGCUCCCUCCCCAGGAAGCCUCCUCCAUCCUGGGAGGAGUGGCAGCAGACCUCCUCUGCUGGUGGAGGAGGGCCUUCAGAGGAGCUCCAGAUGUGGAGGAGAGGGUCGCAGGAGGACGAGGAGCUGCAGAGGUCCGACCACGAGAGCAUCUCCUCGGUUGGACAACUGAUCCUGGGCCUCCCAGACUGCAGAGACGGAGAAGCCGACUCCGACCUGACGCUGACCGACACCGACACCGAGUCCGUUAGGAUGGCCAGCAGUGGGAGGAGGAGGAGGCGGGGCCAGGGAGGAGGCCGCAGGGAUCUGCCUGAAAGAGAGGCGGGGGAGGGAGAGGAGACCCCUGCCUUCAGCCACUGGGGACCCCCCCGCAGGGUGGAGGUGUGGCCUGAGGACGGUCAGUCUCUGGGUCUGAGCAUCGUUGGAGGACGGCACGUCAUCAAGCGUCUGAAGAACGGCGAGGAGCUGAAGGGGAUCUUCAUCAAACAGGUUCUUCCCAACAGCCCCGCUGCCAAGAGCCGCUGCCUGAAGACCGGAGACAAGAUCCUGGAGGGCGUGGACCUGCGGGCGGCCAGCCACGAGGAGGCGGUCAGCGCCAUCAAGUCUGCUCCCAGCCCGGUGGUGUUCGUGGUGCAGAGCCUGUGGGCCACGCCGCGGCCGACAUCAUUAACAGCUUCCAGCUACAGCAAACAUAAAGCCAGACGGACCGAGCCUCCGAUACCUGAAGCAGACCUGGUUCCCCUCAGACAGCCCCCACCCUACAGGCCUCCCAGCCAAUCAGAGCAGGAGCUGACUGCUCACCUGCAGCAGAUCAAAGAGCGUUGGUCUGAGCGCUAUGGGGAGCUCCAGGGGGAGCUGCUGAGUGUGGAGCUGGAGAAGGACCGGCAGGGUCUGGGUCUCAGCCUGGCCGGGAACCGGGACCGCUCCCGCCUCAGCAUCUUCGUGGUGGGACUGCACCCAGGUGGGCCGGCCUCCCGGGACGGACGCAUCCAGGUGGGAGACGAGCUGCUGGAGAUCAACAACCAGAUUCUUUAUGGGCGGAGCCACCAGAACGCCUCGGCCAUCAUUAAAAGCGCCGCCUCCAAGGUGAAGCUCAUCUUGCUGAGAAAUGACGACGCUAUCGACCAGAUGGCCGUUUCCCCGUUAACGACUCCGCCUCCUCCUCCCACCCCGAGCCCAGCCGGCCCAGAGUGUGUGUCUCCAGGUCAGCUUGGUAGCUCCGCCCCCUCUGAGCAGCCCCCGGCCGGGCUGGUGCUCCCACCCCCUCCGCAAGCUCGGGACGAACCCAAGAGGGACGAGUUUGUCUGGAAUGACGGAAACAGAAGCAGCGACGGCGCCACCAAGAGGCUAACAGAGGUGGACACGCUGAGAAAGAGGCUCAAAGCUGCAGAGUCUCCAGAAAAUGAGCUGCAGGCUCCAAGGGUGUCGCCGGAGCUUCAGUCCUGCAGAUCCAACAGCGGCUCCAGCAAACAGGCGGCAGCUUCUCCUCCUCUGGGCGGCGCCGACGAACACGCUGCUGACAAAGAUCCGUCCUGCUGUGCAGUGGUUCCGGGUCAGGAGACGGUUCUGGAGAUCUGUAAGGGUCGAUCUGGACUGGGUCUCAGCAUAGUGGGAGGAAGAGACACUCAGCUGGACGCCAUCAUGAUCCAUGAGGUCUACGAGGAAGGAGCAGCAGCCAGAGACGGCCGGCUGUGGGCCGGGGACCAGAUCCUGGAGGUGAACGGCGUGGAUCUCCGCGGGGCGUCCCACGAAGAGGCCAUCGCCGCGCUGCGUCAGACUCCUGCCAAGGUCCGUCUGACGGUUCUGAGGGACGAGGCCCAGUACCGAGAGGAGGAGAACCUGGACGUGUUUCAGGUGGAGCUGCAGAAGAAGAGCGGCAGAGGACUGGGCUUCAGCAUCGUGGGCAAGAGGAGCGGCAGCGGCGUGUUCGUCUCAGAGGUGGUCAGAGGGGGCGCCGCUGAGCUGGACGGGCGUCUGAUGCAGGGAGACCAGAUCCUGGCGGUGAACGGCGAGGACACGCGCCACGCCUCCCAGGAAGCCGUGGCCGCCAUGCUGAAGUGCGCCCGGAAGCCCGUCCUGCUGGAGCUGGGCCGCCUGAAAGCUGCUUCCUGGAUCUCCUCCAGACUGACCUGCAUGGGCAGCCAGAUGAGUCACAUCAGCAGCAGCAGCUCAGGUGUUGUGGCUCCGCCCCUCCUACCAACACCCGCCUCACCUGAGCCCCCCGUCACCGCCGAGUCGCUCAACAACACCAGCAGUGACAUCACUUCCUGCCCAGGACUGGAGGACGGCGUCCGGACGGUGGACAUCACCAGGGGCGCCGGCGACUCGCUGGGGGUGAGCGUGGCGGGGGGGAAGGGCAGUCCUCUGGGGGACGUCCCCGUCUUCAUCGCCAUGAUCCAGGCCAGCGGCGUCGCCGCCAAGACCCAGCGGCUGAAGGUGGGAGACCGGAUCGUCAGCAUCGGCGGUCAGUCAGUGGACGGCCUGUCCCACAGCCAGGUGGUCACCAUCCUGAAGAACAGCUACGGGAACAUCCGUCUGCAGGUGGUGGCGGACACCAACAUCAGCGCCGUGGCCUCCCAGGUGGAGAGUUGGACCAGCAGCACCAGUCUGUCGGCCAGCACCGACACGCACACCGCUGCGGAACCUGAGGGGCCGCGGCCCCGCAGCAUCACCCUGGAGAAAGGUUCUGAGGGUCUGGGCUUCAGCAUCGUUGGCGGCUUCGGCAGUCCACAUGGAGACCUUCCAAUCUACGUGAAAACCGUCUUCAGUAAGGGCGCGGCGGCGGUGGACGGGCGUCUGAAGCGCGGCGAUCAGAUCCUGUCGGUGAACGGCGAGAGCCUCCAGGGAGUCACGCAUGAGCAGGCGGUGAGCGUCCUGAAGAGACAGAGAGGGACGGUAACGCUGGACGUCCUGUCCUAGCGUCCUGCAGAGACACAUGGAGGACGUCCUGUCCUAGCGUCCUGCAGAGACACACGGAGGACGUCCUGUCCUAGCGUCCUGCAGAGACACAUGGAGGACGUCCUGUCCUAGCGUCCUGCAGAGACACACGGAGGACGUCUUCACACCGACUCCAGCAGCUCAGCCGCUUCCCAACAUGCAAAAAAUACUUCCACAGGUCACACAGCUGUCUUCUGCGUCAAUGAGGACCAUCACUUCCUGCAUCACCGUUACCUGACUCCACCCAUGUCUCAGCCAGGUGUCUCAGCCAGGUGUCUCACAGACAGACACAUGCACACAGUUUUUCUGAUGUCAGACCUUCUGCAGCAGAGUCGGAGCUUCUCAGCCUCUCAGUGGGAAACGUUCAUGCCAUCAGGGCUCAAACUGUGCUUCUCACCCUGAAAGGUUCUGGUUCUGGUUCUGGAACCGUAGGACUAGACAGCACCAACUGAUCCAGUCCUGAUUGUCUGUAAAAGAUGUUCAGAUGCCAGCAAAGCAAGAACGCUUUGACUAUUCUGCCAUCUAGUGGCUGGUUUUGUGACUGCAGGUUAAAUCCUGCUCCCAUUUUCACUUGGUCUGAUUCUGCGUUCCUGAUGAAGUUUAUCUGUGAGUUUUGGGAGAACCUUGAGGUUUUUAGCCUGAACAUUUGCACACAGAGCACCACUUAGAGCUGAAUUUGUUAAAGCAUCCUCUGACGCAUGAUGACAAACUCUUUAUUCAUUUUACAGGUUACAAAGUUAACCGAUGGCCUAAAGAAAACAGUUGAUUAAAGAUCUUCAUCUGCAGUGGAUCUGACUGAAAUGUGAAUCACAAAAGUCUGAGAACAGUCUGGGCCGUGUUCUGUCAGGAAGAGCUCCUGGUUCUGCAGAUGUUCCAAACUGGAGAGGUUGAGUUGCUCCGUUUCUCCGACUCUAAAACUAACGAAGCCGCUGAUCAGGUUUCCACGGAGGAAACUCUGACGGUCUGAACGCUCCUGAACAGAAACAGAGGUUUCAUUUCUCGGGCUAAACCCUUCUACUGAAAAGUUCUGGUUCUGUUGGGAACAUUCCCAGGGAGGGGGGUGUUUUCACGGCAUGUUUAAAACUUGAGAUUUCAUAUUCUGAAUGUCGAUGCAUGCAGAGCUGCAGCAAACGAUGCAUAAAACACCUUAAGGUCAGCAGGAAAGCCUCUGAUUGGCCGGCUGAACCCAGGAAGCAGCCGUGAUGUCACAGCAGGUUUGGAGUCAAACCUUCCCUAAAUAAUAAGACACUGCAGCUCUGGUUAAAGAUUUUCUGCAUGAAUUUAUUCCAGAUCAGAAAAAUACUGAGUUGCUAAAAAGCUUUUUGCUUUUCUGCCUCCGUCUCCAGCAGGAGUCACUUUAACGGCAGCGGCUGCAAACAGCAGCUUCAUGUUUUUUCUUCAUUUUGAGCAGAAAUGAUGCCGAUUCAGCAUGAAGGGUCAGAGUCAUAACAGCAAUUAAAUCAUUUUGACUCUCAGUUAAAACCUUCGUUCGCCUUGAACAGUAUCAUCAGACCAAGAUGAUUUAUUUUGAUUUAAAGUAAGCGAGUAAGAUCUUUACAUCCAUGUCAUAAAGUGCCAUCUUUUGAUAAAGUUCAUUUUUAAUUUAAUACAUUUAUAGGAUUUCUAAAAGAGUUAUUGCCCUCCUGUCUCCACGGAGACGGGUCUCAGGAUGUUGGUAUGAUGCCCGUUGCCUUGUCAACAGAUACAUUGUCUUCCACAUGAUGGUUGUCCUGGAAAGAUUCAAACUUCCUUUAGCUGCUAAAGCUGCAGACUGAUGUUCCUCGUGUUCCCCACAUAACAGAAUGUGUUUAAACUUCAAACAUUUUCUGAGAACCACAUUUAUCAGAACAUUUCGUCCCAUUAAAUUGUCACGUUUGUUAUAAUUAGGUUCAGGAAAUGGAUUUUACCAAAAAACUGAAAUUCUAAUUUACUUUCUGGUCAGAAUACUUUGCGUUGCUCAAAACACCCUGAAGGUUUUAUGGAAACAGGCAAAUAUUUUCUGUAAUUCUAUGUAGACUUCCACAAAAGGAGAGAAGGUUUUACAGUGAAGAUGUCAGAAUGCCACUUAAGGAAAUUAACGGCUGUAAGUUAAACAUCCCAUCCAUCCCUGACAGACGAAUCUGACCGUUUCUGGUCUGAUCAGCUUUCUGCAGCUGCUUUACAGCUGAAGAUCCUUCCACAGCAUGAAUGAUGUCAUGUUCAGAGCUGCAUGAUGAUAAACCACCAGCUAGCUUCCAUUAAACUGCUGAAAGUUUCCCCUGAUCAGAGACUGGCAUGAGUUCUGGAACGUUUCCAUUCAGGAAAUGGUUUUAGCUCCUCAAAUCGUCCCGAGCUCAGAAUCAAAUGAACCGUUUUAGCUGUUCUAAGGCCAACUUUCUUCAACACGUGUCAAACCAAAAACACAUUAACAAAAUGGACGCUUCAGGUGAAGAUAUCGAUGUUCUCUCUGAGAAUUAGAAGGUGGUAGCCUACAGGAAUUAAAAGUAGCACGAUUACACUGAAAGAGGCUUCGAUUUUAUUCUGUUUAAUUUCUUUUUGUCUUGUCCUUUAAAUCAACUUCGGUGUUAAAAGUUCUCAAACAAAUUCCACAUUUUAGCUUUAGUGUUCCUGUCAGUGAGAAAUUUACUUUUGGUUGUUUUCCUCUUAAAUGUACUUUAACAGUUUUAAACACGUUACAGCCUUCAGUCAACAAAAUGUUGGUCAUUUUAUUUUAAUUUGAUAAACCACGGCUAUAGCUGACAAGUUUAGACCUUUAGAAUCUGCUCUCAAACGUCAGGGUGUUUUGUGCAACUGAUCUGUGCUAACAUGUUAGCUUUGUCUUAGCCAAACAAAGCCGGAUGCUGUUAGCUCAGUUAGCUUAGUUAGCGCUUUAGUUGUACAAAUAUGCAAGUUUCAGGGUUUAAAACAAUUUAAUCUCCACUCAGACACAGUCUCAAAGGCUUGUAAUAGGCUAACUUUAAUAAAACAUUUAAAAAUUAAAUCAAAGUUUAAUAUUUCUCACAGUGAAAGCUUCAAUUUAGCUAGCAUAUUAGCUAAACCGCUCAAUCUUUAUCAGUCCAUACAUUUCUCUGAGGUCUUAAAUGUUAAAACUGAAUAUAAACUUGUUUAGGAGGAUUGUUAAAAAAGGUAGAAAUUUAUUUUUAAUUUAUUGAGCUAAAGCUAGCUUAUUAUUAGCAUCAAUAUCUCAAAGUGGCUAACUAGGUGUUGGUCUUCUAAAGGGAAACGGUCUGCAAGCAUCUUCUACAUAUCAGUCAUGUGCACAAAUAUAAUGUCUUAAUUUUUAUUGUAGAUUAAAUGUAAUUUAUUUGUUUGAUCCACUGGAAAUCUUUAUUUUCUGUAUUUGUGUUUCAGCUUUGUGCCACAUCCUGUCAGAAUCCGGCAUGGAUCUAUUUUUGUUUAACGUCUGUCGUCUUGUCAAAUGUUUCUGGAAAAUGUUUUUGAUUUACUGUGAAAGAUUGAAAUGAUUAGCUGAAACCUUAAUAAAGAUGAAUUAAUGGA